AUGGCGUCUAAUAACGAUGAUGGGAAUGGUGAGAAUAACGGGAAUAACAUCCAUUCCGUCUCUCCCGAUUCUGUCAGUGAGACGACUCCGCUUCUAGUGGUGUCGCCUGUUGCUACGACAAGCGGAAGCGAUACUCUGGCCGCUGGGGACGACGAGUCUUAUAGACUUCUCGAUAGGCCUGAGGAUAAACCACUACCUAGGCUUCAGAUCUUCCUGCUCUGUUAUGCGCGCCUUGUCGAGCCUAUCGCAUUCUUCUCCAUCUUCCCGUAUAUCAACCAGAUGGUACAAGAGAAUGGCCACUUGGAUGAAGAAGACGUAGGCUUCUACGGCGGACUGAUAGAAUCGCUCUUCUCGCUUACCCAGAUGGUUGUCAUGAUGUUCUGGGGACGAGCAGCUGAUCGCUGGGGUCGUAAGCCCGUUCUUGUAUCGUCCUUAUUCGGCGUCGCUAUUUCGGUCUCCCUGUUCGGGCUUGCGCGCUCUAUCUGGCAGAUGAUUGUGCUACGGUGUCUAGCCGGUAUCUUCGCCGGUACCGUUGUCACUAUUCGUACCAUGAUUGCCGAGCACAGCACCCCACAUACCCAAGCCCGCGCCUUUAGCUGGUUUGCCUUCACUAGUAACAUCGGCAUCUUCCUCGGUCCUCUCAUCGGCGGUGCGCUCGCAGACCCUGCGCAUCAGUACCCCUGGGCGUUUAGUGGCGUGCCGUUUUUCGAGGAGUACCCUUACGCGUUAUCGUCUAUUGUCGUGGGAUGUAUCGGCUUGACGGCUGUACUUACCAGCGCAUUGUUCAUCGAAGAGACAUUGGAUCGGAGCAAAGUCCCGAGUGCAGGCUCUAGCGAUGGCGAAGCAGGCACAACACCCAAACCGGAACCUACCUCUACACUAUAUCUCCUUAAAGCCCCAGGUGUCCGCAUCGUGCUGUACAAUUACGGACACGCAAUGCUCCUCGGGUUCGCGUAUACUGCAAUUGUUCCCGUAUUCUGGUACACGUCUGUAGAACACGGCGGCUUUAGUUUUACACCCUUACAAAUUUCUCUAUACAUGGGUCUAACAGGAGUAUCUCAAGCGUUAUGGCUCCUCUUAGUAUUCCCUCCUCUACAGCGCCGAUACGGGACCAACGGUGUUCUACGCGCCUGUGGUAUCGCAUACCCAUUCUUUAUCGUUGCUAUGCCGUUCUUAAAUCUUAUUCUAUAUCAAGGAACUCCUGCCUCCAACACUGCGUUCUGGAUCAUAGUUCCUAUCAUUCUAGCACUCGGCCCGGGUGUUAGCAUGGCCUUCACAGGAGUCCAGCUUGCGCUAAAUGAUGUAUCGCCAUCUCCAGCGACUCUAGGCACGCUCAAUGCCCUAGCGCUGACUAUUACGAGUGGUCUUCGCGCUUUUUCCCCAGUGCUAUUUACCAGUCUGUUUGCUAUUAGCGCUAAGUACGAACUUGUCUGGGGUUACCUCGUAUGGCUGAUAUUGACCGUUAUUGCCGCUGCUUUUACUGUGUCGACAAGAUUCCUACCGGCAGCUAGCGAGAAGGACUACGACCGCGAGGUGCUAUUGGGACGAGAUGUGGAUGACGAUAAUUAA